AUGAUGGCUGACGCCGAUGAUGAUGAUGAGGAUGACGCGAACCCCGCCCAGACCCCUGCCUCCCGAAUGAAUCCCCUACAACUCCUUAAUCAGGCCCUGGAGCAUGGUGCACGCAGCACCGUACGGCAGUACCGCAAAAACAUGGCAGCCUACCAACAGCAAAGCAUGAUGGACCCGGGCAUUGAGCUCCGCCCCCUUCUGCACCAUCAAGCUUCUGACGCAAUGGUCCCCAGUCGUCACGCUAGCGUUGUUGAGGAGAUCGUGGUACAUCAAACGGACGUACGCAAGCCUAGUCGUGCAGCCGAAAAGGAAAGCUUCUGGAGUCGGUUCAAGGCCAGUUGCCUCAUUUGUCACAUGUUCUUCCUGAGCACCAUUGACAGAACCAUUCGUCUGCUAAACGGGGUCACCCGGGAGCAUCGCCGUGUCCGGCGUACUAUUGAUUUGGAGAAACGGAUGGUAAAACGGAGAGUGCUGGCUAUUGUGGAGAAGUCUCCAGAAGAUACACAGUGA